AUGUCACUGCGUCUGUUAGUUGCAUCCUGCGUAUUACUUGUGCUUAUCCUGGUCCCUGUGGUGAGUGGCGCCCAUUCCCCCACCGUGCCAAGAACAGAGAAGAAAUACUUUCUUCAUCUCCAGCCACUUACAGAGGGUCUUGAGGGCGUGGGUGAGCAGCCGACACUUGUGUCCGUGACAGAAACAACGUCUCUUUGGUUGCCUCGUGGUUCAGCUGAAGAUAAUGACGAGCACCUGACUUUUAAUGAGGAUAUGGAUCCCUUUUGGGUACAUGUUUUGCGUCGUCGUCGAUUCGAGUUGUUGGAGUGGUCGGGUUGCGGAGGGUCGUGGCGUCCUGACUGGAGCGUGACACUUGUCGACACCAAUUCUUCUAUCAGCGAAAGUACAAGAAAACUCAUUUACGACCUCUCGCAACAUACAGUGUGCUACUUUUCUGGGCUCUCCUCCUGUGGGUGGACUGAGCAAGAACGCAGGAAUGACAAUGGCGUUAACACGUCUGUAAGCCACGAUAUUGAGGCGCAACGUCAUCUUCAGUGGUUGGCGCAGUUUGUUUCCUCACUUUUGUCGUCACCCUUAAGUUGGUCAAAGGAGACACCACGGCAUGUACGCCCCAUUGGUGUGCUUCACUCCGUCCCCGGCGAUGAUACCACUGCGGGUUUGGGGAAUCGCCAUUGGUGUUCGUACCAUCUUGCCCAGCAUGACACGGUGUGUACACAGCACGUCACUACCAUUCUUAACGGCGGACGCCGCGGAAAAGGCGCGGAGGAGCACAUUCCAGAGGGCAUUUUCCGGGCGGGGUUGACCACAAUGCAAGAUUUUUUUUCGUCUUGUUUUCAUCACCUUCACUUUGGUGUAUCGCAGUCAGCAACACCAUUGGAAAACGCGAGUGAAGAGACGGAGAUUCAACUCCUCGUUCGAAUGGCAUUUGUUGCUCGAAGUAAGGAUUUUGACGCCCUUGCACAACAUUGGAAGAGAUCUCUUUCCAGGUAUGCUGAUCGUCUCACGAUUUUUGUGGGAACUCACGUGGACGCGACACUUCGGGACGCUAUAGAGUCGGUGUCGUCUUUUCUUCGCGUUAAGAACGCGUCUCAAGGCAAAGUGACCUUCAAGAAGGAGCAGCAGAGCACUGCACCUGAGCUGACGCCCAUAGCUCAUUACUACAUCUCCAAGGUGGGACAUGAUCGGGGAACGUAUCGACUGGUUAUACAUCCGCCGAUAACAACAACAAACGUGGAUGAUCGCCAAGAAAGGGGGCGAUGGCAUGGAUUGAAAGUGGGGGACACUUUAGAUUCGCUACUUCUUAUUCCUCUUCAUGUGCUCCGUCCAUCUCUCCAUGAAAUGCACUCAGGCCCAGACGGAGGGUCGAGGUUAGAGAAUGCUUAUUUUGACGAUGAUGCCAAUGUUCUUUUUGUGUUAGUAAAAACAGUACUCACAGAGGCUCAUUUACGGCGCCUACAUGAAAGCGCAAACAAUACAACUCCCUAUGGCUUUGUCGUGUGUGAGUUUCCGUUCAGGUUUGGCUGGGCUGCAUUGAAAGACAUGCCGCAUGACGCGAAUAGUAAUCGAAUUCUCCCACAACCCGUCAUUCGCGUUGGCAGACGUGUUGACACAACAGUUCCAGAAGGCGUUGCUAACACCGCCUCCAUGAGGGGCUACAAUGCGAGUUGGACAAAGCGUUGUGCACCUUCGCGGUGUGCUUUGUUUGCCUCUAUGCGAAUUGAUCACCAAGCUUCACUGGAGCGCCUCAUGGACUCGCUUGUCCGAAACCAGUCUCGAAGUGAAACUGGAUCGUCAUGUUUCUGCUAUUACUGGAUUCGGUGUAGCAAUGUUGCAGGCACCACUAUCCCUGUUCCUGACCCAGCGAUGGUGUUUAAUGUCGUCUCACUAGGACUAAUUUUUUAUGCGAUAUUGUUAGCUGGUGUAACUCGCAUCACACGAUUCUUCUUCGACAGAGACAAGGAGGGCACAGCUUCCUUGGGGCAAGCUUCGUAUUGA